AUGGAAACUCAGUACACUUCUCUCACGCCGAGACUCGCGGAGCACAACCCGUUGCGAAUCAUAAAAAAUGCAAAAUCAAAACUAGGACGUCCAGCUUUCAUAGCAGGUCCUAUGGUUCGGUAUUCAAAACUUCCCUUCCGAGAGUUGGUCCGCCACUACAACACUGACAUUGUCUAUACACCGAUGAUACUUGCUCGUGAAUUUGUUAGAAAUGACGUUGCUCGAGCUUCCGAUUUCACUACCAAUCCUGCCGACCGUCUGGUGAUUGUUCAAGUGGGUUGCAACAAUGUAGAAGAUCUCUUGAAGUUUGUUGAAAUGAUUCAUCCUUAUGUUGACGGUAUCGGUCUUAAUUGUGGGUGUCCUAUCAAGGAGCAAGUUCGUGAAGGUAUUGGUGCUGCUUUGAUGUCUGAACCCGAACUCGUAUCAUCGAUGGUAAAAGCGGUGAAACAAAAGUAUGGGGAUAAAAUAUGCAUAGAAACUAAAAUUCGAAUUCAUCCAGAUAUAAAAGAGACUUUGAAGUUUGUUAAAAUGGUCGAGGAAAGUGGUGUGGAUUUCAUAACAGUUCAUGGAAGAACUAAAAAUACGAGGUCUUCGGUUCCAGUUAAUCUUGAUGCUAUCAAGGCAGUGAAAGAGGCGGUACUGGUACCAGUGGUAGCUAAUGGCGACUGCUUUUCGCUCCAGGAUGCAUAUGAUAUUGCAGAAUACACUGGUGUUGAUGGGGUAAUGGCAGUGAGAGGAAUUCUUGCCAACCCAGCAUUAUUCGCAGGUUACAAAUCUGCGCCAUGGUCUGCUGUCGAGAGGUUCUGGGAUUUAGCUACCAGCUAUGGCCUUCCAUUUCGCAUUAUUCAACACCAUCUCUCGCAAAUGUUAGAAAAGAAGAUUCCCAAAAAAGUCUUGAAGGAAAUGAACGAGACCACACUGUUGGUAGACAUGAUCGACUGGUUCGAUGCCAACUUUAUCUUGAGACGGAAAGGUGACGCCAAUUUUGCUACACAUGAAGACCCAACGUGGCGCAUGAAUAGAGAACAAGCAGCCCAUAUUUGA